AUGCCGUCCGCGGUUAUUUCAACGGCGCCCGUCAGCCGGGGCCCUGGCAUGGAUCUGAUCGAGAUGCAGCAGUGGGCCUACAUCUCAGAUGUGCCCGAUGAUCUGGGUCCCAUUCGCGACCUACUUCGGACCUAUAGCAACAUCGCCAACGAGGGCAUAGAUGACCAUCUGCUGCGCGUGCGGCAAGAAGCAUGGACCAUUUCCCGGUACCCGUUCGUUGGGCGAUGGAAGUUUCUCCGACUGGUUAGCAGUCAUGACCCCUGCUACCGCCAGGUUGUCUUCAGACUGAACGUCCCGGGAUCCAGAGACGUCUUUCUGGACUUGGGAUGCUGUGUUGGCCAGGUUCUUCGACAGCUUCGGGCCGAUGGAGUCAGAGGCUCCCAGCUCAUUGGAACAGACGUUUCGGCUCGUUUCAUCGACAUCGGUUACAAGCUUUUUCGCGACAGGGAUAGUCUUGGGGCCUCUUUCAUCGUCGGCGAUAUGCUUGACCCAGAUGAUGGCCGGCUAGACGACCUUCGGGGCAGGGUAACCAUUAUCUACGCAGGCAGCUUCUUCCACCUCUUCAACUGGACGCAGCAGCUGUACAUCGGCAAGCGCCUAGUGGGUUUCCUGAAGCCGGGCACACAGAACGCCCUCAUCUAUGGCAGACAUGUUGGGACAACGAAGCCGGAAGCAAUGUCCAUGGGUCCGAACUCGCCAUACCUGCAUGAUAGGAACAGUUUUCAGAGGCUGUGGGACGAAGUCGGGAUGCUUACGAGGACAAAGUGGAAAGUCGUUUUGGAGGCAAGCGGAGAGGGCCCGCGCGUGUUGCCGAGUUUCGGGAAAAACGCGCAACCUGUAAACUUCAUAGUCUAUCAAAUCUCAUGA